CGGGCGUGCAGUACAGCCGCGGGCUGCUGUGGCCUCUGGGGCCAAGUGCUUUGUUCCCGGCUCCUUGUUGCCCCUGCGCGCGCAGAGGCCGAAGUCCUGGAGUCGCGCGCGCCUGGCGCCGCGAGGGCUGAGCACCGGGUGCGAUCGCUGCACCCGCAGCUCAGGAGCUCGUGCGCCCUGCGCAGCUUGGGGGCGGUCCCACGCAGCUGCUGCUCCCGUGCGGUCCCUACGAGGCGGUCGCCCCGAGACUGCCUAGGCGGUGCGAUGCUGGGCCCGCCCGGGAGCCCGGGAAGGGAAAGCGGAAGCCACGAGCCGGGCCGGUGACCUCGAGGACUCGGCGUCUCUCUACGGCUGCCGGCAGCACCCGCGCCUGUUCUCGGCUGUCAGUCCCGCGGCACCCGGGGCGCCGUAACCAUGGCCAUCGCUCACCUGGCCACGGAGUACGUGUUCUCGGACUUCUUGUUGAAGGAGCCCACCGAGCCCAAAUUCAAGGGGCUGCGGCUGGAGCUAGCUGUGGAUAAGAUGGUCACAUGCAUCGCUGUGGGUCUGCCUCUGCUGCUCAUCUCGCUGGCCUUCGCUCAGGAGAUCUCCAUCGGUACCCAGAUAAGCUGCUUCUCCCCAAGCUCUUUCUCCUGGCGACAGGCUUCCUUUGUGGAUUCCUACUGUUGGGCGGCUGUACAGCAGAAGAGUUCCCUGCAGAGCGAGUCUGGAAACCUCCCACUGUGGCUGCACAAGUUCUUCCCCUACAUCCUGCUGCUGUUCGCCAUACUCCUGUACCUGCCCACGCUGUUCUGGCGCUUCGCAGCAGCCCCGCACCUCUGCUCAGAUCUGAAGUUCAUCAUGGAAGAACUCGACAAAGUCUACAACCGUGCCAUCAAGGCUGCCAAGAGCGCCCGGGACUUGGACCUGAGAGAUGGACCUGGACCGCCAGGAGUGAAUGAGAAUGUGGGGCAAAGUCUGUGGGAGAUCUCUGAAAGUCACUUCAAGUACCCAAUCGUGGAGCAGUACUUGAAGACGAAGAAGAACUCUCGUCAUUUGAUCGUGAAGUACAUUGGCUGCCGACUGGUGAUGCUGGCCGUCAUCUUGCUGGCGUGUGUCUACUUGAGCUAUUACUUCAGCCUCUCCUCACUGUCAGAUGAGUUUCUGUGCAACAUCAAAUCGGGCAUCCUGAGCAACGACAGCACCAUUCCCGACCGCCUCCAGUGCAAGCUCAUCGCCGUCGGCAUCUUCCAGCUGCUCAGCUUCAUCAACCUCAUCGUGUACGCCCUGCUGGCCCCCGUGGUCAUCUACACACUGUUCGUCCCGUUCCGGCAGAAGACAGACGUUCUCAAGGUCUACGAGAUCCUGCCCACUUUCGACGUUCUGCAUUUCAAGUCGGAAGGCUACAAAGACUUGAGCCUCUACAACCUCUUUCUGGAAGAGAACAUAAGUGAGCUCAAAUCAUACAAGUGUCUUAAGGUGCUGGAGAACAUUAAAAGCAACGGGCAGGGCAUCGAUCCCAUGCUGCUCCUGACCAACCUAGGCAUGAUCAAGAUGGAUGUCUUUGAUGGAAAGACCCCCAUGUCCGCAGAGAUCAAGGGACAGGACCAGGGGAGCCAGAUGACGGAGUUCAAAGAUUUGGACCUGAGCAGCGACACCACAACCAAUAACGGCGAGAAGAACUCUCGACAGAGACUUCUGAAUGCAUCCUGCUGAUGGCUUCGUUCUUGAGUUUCAAGUCCGUGGUUUCUGCGGCCGAAGCCCCGCUGUUGGGCCUGUAGCUAGUUGGCGGUAAAGUGUCUUUGUUAGUGAUGUGGCGUGUGUCUUACCAGUCCCCGAUAGACACAAUGGCCAAAGUGUCGUCUGUCACAGUGAUAGACGAGUGCCAUGGAAGAAAGGAUUAGAACUGUCCCACAAGACAAAAUAUGGAAAUGAGUAAUGGGCUCUGUCCGAGGUCCUCAUCAAAGGGCUGCUAAGAGCAUAGAGCCUUCUAGAGGCUUCUAGGGCCUCGAAGAAACGCCGUUCUGGACUGACAUGUUGCGAGACCUGGAGCUUCCGGAGAGCAAGCACUCUGGGAGAUGUCUUGUUUUAUGAGAUGAUAAUAAAUGUGGCAGGAUAUAAUUUAAUAAUGCCCUCUGUGUGCUCUUACUGACCGUUGAAGAAGGAAAGCACUCACUGGUCCGACCAGCAACCUUGGCCUGUGCACGGCAGCGCCCUAAGUUGGGUGUGACCUGGAGUCGUGGCCCCUGUACUGGCAGACUCUCCUGUCACCCACCAGCCUCAGCUGAUUGUUGUCCUGUAACCUCUGCUCGCUGCCCUUUGCCCUCUGCAGGCACAGCAGGCUGAGGCCGUGCCGACUGAACCCAGCUGAGGAGGCAGAUUGUGUAUCGGUGAUGCUAUGGUGACUCUCGGAAGGAAGGCUUCAGAGACAGCCCAGUGGGAAAUCUGAAUUUAGAUGUACUGAUAGAUGUCGUCAAGAGAUCUGAGACAGGAGAACAACGUUUCACGGAUGCACAGGGAGGGACACUUUGCCCAGUGUGAGCUGUGCAUGGAGCUGAUACGGUUGGAGACAGGUUGUUUAUAUUGGAGCACAACUUUUAAACUUGCAGAUUAAUUUAUAUAAUUGAGAUCAUUUGAGAAGAACAUUCUACAAGCAUUGAUAAGAAUUACAGAAUACAUUACACACAUGAGGUCAGGAUGGAUGUAAGCACUGCUUUGUGAACAGGUUUAUUAUGGUCUCGCUCUGUAGCUCAGCCUGCUCUUGGAAUUGUGAUAGUCUUCCUCACUUGGCCUCCUAAGUGCCAGGCUCACAACUGUGUCACAGGGCCUGGCUUUAUAAACAGGCAUGCUGACUGUUGGAAGCCCUCAGGAAUCGCCCAGGGUACCUCUGGCCAGUCUUAGGGGAAGCUGUUUACCCUAUGUAAUUGCUUUUUGAUGAAGUCAGACGUUGCAUGAGUGGCUGUCUGCCUUCGGGAGUGUACAGAAAAGCAGAUUUGCUUGUGGCAGGUUCUUAGUUGGGAACUCAGACGUCAAGAGCGCACUGGGUGUUUGAAUGGUGCUGUUCCAUGGUGCUUCUUCCUGUUGAGUUAUGUGUGACGGGUGCCAUGGUAACUAAGGACUGAUUUGUACGUGUUUAUACUGUUGUGUUGGAGACAUUUCUUUACAGUCCUCUACAGUGUGUAUGUGUGGGUUUUGUUCUUUUUUUUUUUUUUACUUUGAAAUGACCUUUAAAGUGUUUUUUUCUAGGCUAUGGAUUUUUUUUUUUUCAAAAAGGGUCAUCUUGUAGCAUAACGUGUACUUUGAGGUAAUAAAGAAUGAUAUUUUAGGAGAUCAGGAACUCUCCGAGCCCAGCCAAAUGUAGUUCUUUGGUCAAAUGUGUGCUUGGGUCCUUGGUCUCUGUUUAGUUUGCCCUCCCUUCUCUCUUGAGCUACAGUAGAACCCACGGCAUCCCAGGCAUCUGACUGUGACAUAUACGGACAGGCAGUCCUGUAUGGAGGGCGUCAGAGCCUAGCAACGCACAGUGAAGACAUGGGUAGGUCUAAGAGAUGAUAGAAUACCCACAGGAAGGACUUCCAGAAAGCAGAAGAACCUUUGUGGUGUUAAGAGGAGCCAUAUUGUCCGGUCCCCUUGUCCAUUCCCUGCCCUGAGUUCCAUAGUUGGUGGUUUCCAGGGGGCCAGUGACCGUCUUCAGCUGUAAAGCAUCUAGACGAAAGUUUAGACAGAACAGCACCCGUUGGUUUAAGCAGUUGAGCUGCAGCUGGCUUCUCUACUUCCCUUCCAGGACAUGGGGAGAAGCCCGUGGGGCACGUGGUGCUGCUGCUGAAUUACAGCUCCAAGGAGCUGGUAUAUAAAUGCCCAGCGGUGCACUUUGGCCUGGAGUUAACCCCUCUGCCCGCUGACUCGCUGGCUUUGAGCCCUUCUCUAGGGAUGAGGGGGCUGCUUUUGUCAGCACUUGUCCCUUUAUUACAGAUAUAGCAGCUCCUAAAUGACCACUGUGGGACCACUGGCCUUGUUUUUAGUCUUAGUGGACUACGGAGGUUUCCAAACCAGACUCACAGUAGCGUGACAGCCUGAGCAGCACAGAUCUUUCUGGAAGCAGUGUUCUGGCGCAUUUGCCGUUUUACCAAGGGGGCACACAGCGUAGAGGCCCUUCAGCUCUGGGUGAGGUGUUUGAAGUUACAACAGACCCAGAUCUUGUAGCUUGUCAUACUGAGGGGAACGUGCCUUGCCCUUGAGAAAGCUGCUGCCUUUAGCCUGAGACUUGGCUGGAUGUUGGCUUAACUGAGUCAUUGUUGCAUACUUCUGAGAGAAUGUCUUUUUGUUAUUCCCCUUCACUUUCUAGAAUCAAAGUGAAUCCGAGUGAGGUGGGCAGCCUCCAGCCUGGAGUGACCGGGUAUCCAGCAUUAAUCUCAUUUUCUCUGGAGUCACAAGGCUAGCACUUCUCAGUGUUCUUGCCUGUUGUGUGUCUCUGGAGUGCGGGCGGGGAGAAUGGGACACAGCAACAUACGACUUACAUAACAACGUCACCCUGCUUCACAGUGGCCCUGUUAGGGACUGGAAACCCCGUCUUGUUUGGUGGGUCUGUAUUGCGUGUGUGUUUUAGCAUGUCUAAACACCUUUAUCAUGUAUCCCUUCCCACCCAAGACCUAGCCCUGUGGUUUUGUUCUGUGAAAGACAGAUGGCUACACCCUUCAGGACACGCACACUGCUUGCUUUAAUCUGCUGUGACGGAGCAGUACAAAUCUACAAAGGUCCAGCGUUCGCGGCUGUAAAACUAGCUCAAGCCAGCAGCCGAGCUCACCAGGCCCUCUGUUGAACAAGCAAGCAAGGGAAGAUAGGGAUCCUAGUUUGUUGGCAUCUAGGGUCUGAUUUAAUGGUCCUCUGCAGGAGAGUGGGAAGGCUCCUCCGCUGACCUGUAGCAGCAGUGCGGCAGACAGACAGCCUUUCCCUGGAAACACGGGUGAUUCUUAGCUUCUGAUGUGAAAUGAGUCACGAUCACUCUCCAAGUUUAUUUAAGUUCAAAGUUGUCUUGCAGUGGCUAGGGAAGUGGGGGUUUUAAGAUCCUGGUCUCAGCGGUACAGAAUAAACCUCUCAAAGAUCUGUGGGCUAAAAUGUGCCAUUACCAAUGAAUGCUUUGUCUUCAGGCACUGAGAUGAACGGCUCCUUGGGGUGAUCAUUGGCAUUUCCGCCUUAUGUCUCAAAGGAACCACACCUCUUUGAAGGGAUUGACAAAUGCUGUCGUGUCAAAUGUGGAAGAUAAUAGAUGCUAAUUCGUAGUUCGCGUCCCUCCUGCAUUCAAUUAGAGCUAUUGUGUUUCUGGAUCUCUUUAGCUGUGGGGUACAUUGUCGCUGGAGCAUGUAGUUUUUAAUCAGUAAUUGUUCGUAGGUUCCUGAAAGGUACAAAGUUUCUUCUAUCUUAGGCACUUUUCCCUUGCUCAACACGAGGAAACAGUAGGAUUCUGCAGUGUGACAGGCGUUCCCUAGGAAAACAGACAUAGUCAGCUCCACUUUGUAGCAAGCUGGUCUUUCUCAAAUGCCCUAACUUCAGUGUGAUGCCAUUCACUAUAGUGGCAUUCUGUGUAGAAGUUUCGGGGUGCUGGGGGAGGUUGUGAUAGGGUUUCUUUGUGUAGCCAGCCUGCAGAACUUUUGGUGGUUGUUUUGUUUUUGUUUUGUUUAUCUGUAUAUCCCUGGCCGUCCUGGAACUCGCCGUAUAGACCAGGCUAGCCUCAAACUUAGAGAUCCACUUAGUUCUGCCUCCCUAGUGCUGGGAUUAAACGUGUGCCCUUGUGCUUGGCUAAGUUAAAUUUGUAAUGAUUAAGAUUUCUCUGAAGCCUUUCAAGAAAAAAUAUGUAUGUCCUUUUUGCUGUGUCAUUUGGUAAAAAUACUGAGCCUUUGAAGAACAACUUCAGACAUUAAGUUCAUCUUCAGUCUUGUUCCACAAAGUCCAAAACCCGAGACCAGAUGAUGGCGUCAGAAAACAGCCUUGUGAAGACCACGUGGGACGCUCGCCCUACCGCUGACAGCCGUGCUUCCGGGGGAGGCGCUUGGCCGGUGCUUCCGGGGGAGGCGCUUGGCCACACUACGCUGACGUUCAUCUAAAGGGGGUGCAGAGCUCACAGUCAAGGCUGCUGUGUCUGCAGCCAAUAGCGAAUGGUGCUUUAGUUCUGUGCUCUGAUGUUUCCCCAAA